GUCAAAGUCCAAUACAAUUACAAAGUCAAGUAAAUAUCAAAUAGUCAUAUCUAUUUAACAACCCUAUCUACAUCCAAAUGUAGACAAGUAAUUCCUUCCCAAAUUCAUUUCCCACUUAAUGAAUUUCUAUUAAUCCAGACUAUUUUAAUGUAAUUAAUUCCAUACAAAAUUUUUUCUUAAUUUGCUUUCUUUUUUUCUCGGUCAAAAUUAGUCUCCAUGAAAAUGGAGGAUAGGAAAUCUCAAAAAUCAACACUUUCUUUGACUCACUAUUUCUUUCUCUAAGAAGAAUCCAUUAAAGGCUAAAGACAUUUCCACCUUCUCUCGUUCUCCUUCACUCUCUCCCUCCAUUGUCGGUGCAUCAAUAUUUUUCAUCGCUCCCGACGCCAUUGCAGAAACUUUCUGGACCUUCCACAUUAUGGAUUGCAGCUAUAUACUCCUAUCUCAUCAUUUGGAUUAUCCUCAAUUUCAUUUUAAUCAAUUGGGGUUUUCGUGAUUUGAUUCACUUUAAUUUUUCAUUAACGGAGUUUAACCUAGUUGACUCAAACUAAUAAUCUCGAAUUCAGGGUUAGAUAAUAUGGAAGACAUAGGGUUAGUUCAGCAAGUUUGGAAAUGGCUGCAAUUUCAAAAGCAUUUGUGUUCCCUUGCUCCAAAAACCAUUAGUGGACUUACAGAUAGGGUUUGGGUCGCCAUUGAUACACUUUGGCCAAUGUUUUGUAAAGGUUUCAAGAACUUCUUGAACUUAAUGGUUUUGAUCGUGAUGUAUUGGAUAGAUAGCUUUUUAAGGGGAAUUCGAUCGUUAAUCGGCCUACAAUCAGCUGCAUUGCUGAUGAUAAUGUGGAGUUGUUUUUUGAGCUUGACCUCCAUUUCUUGCCUUGUUUAUGUAUUAACUAGCAUGGCAGCCGCUGGAGUUGCUAUUCAGUACUUGGGCUACACUCCUGGAAUUUUUAUCGUAGGGCUAUUUGCCAUCUUAAUAUUAUGGAUGUACGCUAACUUCUGGAUUACAGGAAUAUUGUUUGUUGUUGGAGGCUAUCUGUUCUCCUUAAAUCAUGCUCGACUGGUGGUCUUUAUGGCAAUGGUUUAUUCCGUAUAUUAUGUGAAUGUACGAGUAGGAUUUGUUGGCCCUUUUCUUUCUAUGAACCUUGCCUUCUUAUCAAAUGAUGUAUUUAAUUAUUUGUCAAAAUGGUGCGAUACUCUGUAUGAGAGUACACGUUUUGAGGAGCACAAAGCCUCUGAAGCAUUCUCAGAGGAUAACUUUUCUGGAGAUUGUGAGGCGUUUGUUCCCUCUGAUGAAUCCGAAGAGUUUUCAUCAUCUACCUCAGCUAGCAAAACAACGAGCAAAACAGCUAAUAAAACACCUGGUAAAACAGCUAGUAGAUCAACUUCUAGUACGACAACUAUUCUGAAGAUUCAGAAAGAAGCUUCUCCUGGUGAGGUGGUCAUAGAAGACAGAAGCUCAUUUAUUGAAAUGAAAAGGAUAUUAAGCAGUGCUGACCACUAUGAAGCACUGGGAUUUUUGCGCCACAAGAAAAUUGAUACUAUGAUAUUGAAAAAAGAAUAUAGGAAGAAGGCCAUGCUUGUGCAUCCUGAUAAAAAUAUGGGAAUUUCAUUAGCAAGUGAGUCGUUUAAGAAGCUUCAGUGUGCUUAUGAGGUACUUUCAGAUUUUACGAAGAAAAGAGAUUAUGAUGAGCAACUGAGAAAGGAAGAAUAUAAAAAUAUCUACCAAAAUUCUCCUAGCACUUCAAAUCAGGAAGCACGUGAGUUUUUUUCUGAGGAGUCAAGGCAGAUACAAUGCACUAAGUGUGGCCAUUCUCACAUUUGGGUUUGUACUAAUCGAUCUAAGGCCAAGGCACGCUGGUGCCAGGAUUGUUGUCAGUAUCAUCAAGCCAAGGAUGGAGACGGCUGGGUUGAAUACAAAGGGUCUCUGGUCUUUAGUGAACCUCAAAAGAUGGAAAUUCCACGUGCUUUUGUGUGUGCUGAAAGUAAGAUAUUUGAUGUAUCAGAAUGGGCUAUCUGUCAGGGGAUGGCUUGUAGACCCAAUACCCAUCGUCCAAGUUUUCAUGUGAACAUGGUUGGUUUGGAGAAGACGUCUCGUUCAAAUUCCAGCAGAUAUCCGUGGGGUUUGGAUGCAGAAAUGAUGGAUGUAGAGGAAGACGAGUUUGAGCUGUGGCUACAACAGGCUCUUGCUUCUGGUCUCUUUUGUGAAACGUCAAAGUGUAGAAAGACUUGGAGUCCAUUCAAAUUGAACCAGAUAAAGAAGCGAUGGCGAAGAUCAUCAUCAGGAUUAACGUGAUGUACCGAUAAUGUCUGGGUACUAAAUUUUGACAAAUUGUCACAAGGGGUUGCACAUUGUAAAUAUGCAUGUAAUUUUAUCACAGCUUUGGCUGUUCUUAGCAAAUAUCAAGUUUUGUUGCGUUUUGGGUUGGUCGAUGGUGAAAUUGUUGUAGAGAUGUAUGUGAUUAGCCGAAGCUUUCUAGCGCAAUGAUGUACCCGCUGGCUGUAAAAAUUUUAAAAGGGGAAAAAGAUGGUAGGAGAGGGAAGGAGGAGAAUGCAAGGCAUAAUUUCUCCAGGAAGUCAUUUGUUAGAUGCACAACAAGAUCAAAUAUUAAAUGUUAAAUUCUCUCAGCGAGACGGCCUCAAAACAAGGAGUCUGUAUCCUCAUAAAUUAAUGCACAUAGUAUUAGUAGCAUUAUUUAGCUCAACUGUUUAGGCUUCUCUUGUAACAAAAUAUCAUACUUGGUUAAAAUUGCAAUUUUAUUUAUAUAAUGCAAAAUCUUUACCUUGAAUUUUA